AUGGGUGUAGAGAUUGAGAUAUAUCGUUCAAGAAUUGGUUCACAUCAUAAUGUCACACAAGGAAGAAUGUUAAUGGCUCGACUGAAAGGUAAAUUCUGGAAUCAAAUGUUGAUGAUGGUCUAUUUAAAAGUAUUUUAUUUACCAUGUCUUAAAAGUCUAGUGACUAAAACAGAAAAAUAUAAUGAGGUGUGCAUCUGGUAUGCACAGAUGGUAUGUUAUCAUGUUCAUGUACCAUUACUAUUAAGACUUUCAAAUGAUGUUGAGGAAAAUCCAGGUCCUAGAAAUAUUAAUGAAAUAGUUGACCGUACUUAUACAGUUCAUGCCGACUUUCACCAAGGCGAUCAAUUAAUGUUUAGAUCAAAUGCUGGAAAACAGUGUGUUGCCAUGUCACUAUGUUCUAUUGUUUAUAAUGAAAUUAAAUCAGUUAAUAUUUGGGACACAUCCAUUAUGAACCAAAUUUUAGUUUAUGGCAACAAUUUAUAUGGUGUUAUUAGUCAGAGUAUAAACAAAGACUUUUUACUACUUACUGACGUACCAGAACUUGUCGAUAUUGAUAGUGACACAUUUUGUCUGGAAUAUAGUGAAUCUUUUACAGGUGCAUUAUUCAUGGCUGCCAAUAAUGAUCCAUAUGUGACACUUGAGCAUGCUAUUAAUGAAAUAUUUGUUACUACAAAUUAUAAAAGUUGUUUACUCACAAUCGGCAUGAAUACUGUUGCCAUUUUUAUACCUUUUCCUGAUGUCUUUAAAGUUUUUGACUCUCAUUCACGAGAUCAUCAUGGGAUGCCAUGUGCAUCUGGUUAUUGUGUUUUAAUUUCAAUUGAGGGAGUUAAACAUCUUGCUGAAUAUUUUCAGUUAACAUCAGGUUAUUGUGGCCGAAUGUGUUCUACACCAUUUGAAUUAAAGGGUGUUAAGUGUAAUAAAAGACUUGACUUGUCAAGUACCAAUAAUGCAGAAUUUAGAUUAAUCGAAAAACAUGAUAUACACAAGUCAACUGAAAUACAAAAUAACAAUGUAGGUCAAACAAAUAAUGAUUUACUUGCAGAAAGGAAAUCUACACUUGAAAAACACUGUCAAUAUAUGAGAACUUGUAGAAAGGAUGAAUCCUCAGAGCAAAGGGAAAAAAGGUUAACUAAAAUUAGAUCAUAUAAACAAUUAGGCAAAGGGACUAAUGGUGAGUCAGUUGAAGAAAGAAAUUCUAGACUUGAGAAACACCGUGAACGUAUGAGAGUUCUUAGAAAGAAUGAGUCCUCAGAGCAAAGGGAAAAAAGGUUAGCUAAAAUGAUAUCACAUAUAAAACAAGUGGGCAAAGCCAAAGGGACUAAUGAUGAGUCAGUUGAAGAAAGAAAUUUCAGACUUGAGAAACAACGCGAAUAUAUGAGAGCUCGUAGAAAGAAUGAGUCGGUUGAAGAAAGAAAUUUCAGACUUGAGAAACAACGUGAAUAUGUGAGAGUUUAUAGAAAGAAUAAGUCAUCAGAGCUAAAGGAAAAAGAGUUAAGUACCCAUAUUACUGUUGAUAUGACCCAGCUUAUAAGAGAUUUUCACAGCUCUAUAUCUUCAGGACCUUUAUAUGUAUGUACUUGUUGUGAUCAGUUGUGGUAUAAACACAGUGUAUGUCCUGCUGACCGAAUAAGGUUGGUUAACCCAGAUAUAGUCAAAUAUCUACAAAACAUUAAAAGUGUUGAUAAUAUUGAGUGGCUUUGCAACACAUGUAGCAAUCACUUGAGAAAAAGAAAAGUACCACCAUGUGCAAUUGCAAAUGGAAUGAAAUUUCCUAUAAAACCAGCUUUCUUUGACCUUAAUGAAUUAGAAUGUAGACUUAUUGCUCCACGGUUAGCAUUCCAAAAAAUAUUCCAAGCCCCCAGAGGUGGGCAACUCAAAAUUACUGGCAAUGUGGUUAAUGUACCAGCAGAUGUUAACAAUACUGUAAGUAUGCUUCCCAGAUUAUCACAUGAAACUGGUACUAUUAAAGUUCAAUUGAAACGGCGAUUGCAAUAUAAAAGUUCAGCACUAUCUUUGAAUAUAAGACCACGCAAAGUAAUGCAAGCAGCAGCUUGGUUAGUCAAUAAUAGUUCUUUAUACCAAGAGCAAGGAAUAACUCUUGAUCAAACGUGGCUGACAAGUAUUGAACUAGAAACAGUUUCUGAUAACCUUUGUAAUGAAAAUACAAAUAUUUCAAGUAACAAUUUAGAUACCGGUGCUCCAGAAGAUGAAUGGAGUGAAGACGAAGCAGAAACUCCUGCUGGUGUAACUGACAGUAUGUUGACUCCCCCAGAUUUUGUUGAUGAUAGUGAAAAACAAGAAAUAUACAAUUUUGCUCCUGCGGAAGGAAACAUACCUCUCAGUUUAUUUAGAGAUCAGUACUCAAAAGAAAUGGCUUACCCGGGGAUAUUUCUCGGUCAGAAACGAACAGAUGAUAAACAAAGAUUAAAGAGUGUCUAUUAUAGUGAAAUAUGCAAAUCAGAAUUAAGGCGGUCAGAUCGACGGGCUGCAAUGUGUGUUGAAAACAUUUUUUUUAAAGCUAAAAAGUUGCAGAUGAAACUGUUGUUAGGACAAUCACAAAUUGCAUUGCGUAAAUGCAAAUUGGGAAAUUGAACACUUAAUGCAGGACAAUUGAAAACACCUGAAGGUUUAGAAAGUUUAAUUCGCCAUGAUGAAGGCUACAAAUUCUUAAGAGCAUUAAGAGGUUCACCACCUUACUUUGAAAAAGCUAAAAAAGACUUGUUUGCCAUGAUUCGCCAAUUAGGACCAGCAUCACUUUUUUGCAGUUUUUCUUCUGCUGAAACAAAAUGGAUUCAUUUAUUGAGGAUCCUUGGUAAACUUAUUGAUCAUAAAGACUAUAGUGAUGAUGAACUUGACAAUCUAACAUGGGAGGAAAAAUGUAGACUAAUCCAAAGUGACCCAGUUACAUAUGCUCGGCAUUUUGACUAUCAAUUUAAUACUUUUUUGAAAGAUUUUUUGAGGAGUAAACUUGCUCCAUUAGGAAAAAUAAAAGAUUGGUUUUACAGGGUGGAGUACCAACAGCGAGGUUCACCUCACAUACACAUGCUAAUAUGGCUUGAAAAUGCACCUGUAUUUGGUGUUGACAAGGAUGAAGAUGUAAUUGCAUUUAUUGACGGAAUAAUAACUUGUGGUAAGCCAGAAAAUGACUCAAACUUACUUGAACUGGUAAACAGGCAAACACACAGACAUUCUCACACAUGCCAAAAAAAAUCUAAAGCGGUUUGUAGAUUUAACUAUCCUCAGCCACCUAUGAGAUCUACACACAUACUGUAUCCACUUGAUGAUGAUACUUCUCAGACUCUCAUAAGAAACAGAAAAGUCUUGUGGAAAGACAUUAAGAAUAAACUAAAUGAUCUGAAGGAAGGCAAAGAUGUAACCUUUGACCAGCUGCUAGGAGAGCUCGGUGUUUCAGAACAUGAAUAUAUUCUUGCUAUUCGAUCAUCUCUUAGUUGUCCUACAAUAUUUCUUAAAAGAAGUCCAAAUGAAUUAAGAAUAAAUAAUUAUAAUCCUGCGUGUCUCCUUGCCUGGAGAGCUAAUAUGGACAUCCAGUUUGUUCUAGAUGUUUAUGCUUGUGCAAUGUACAUUGUCUCCUAUAUUUCAAAGGCUCAAAAGGGAAUGAGUGAAUUGUUAUGCAGAGCUUGUGCUGAAGCUAAGGAGGGAAAUGCAAACAUUAAACAACAGGUCCGUGAUAUUGGAAAUAAGUUUUUGAACUCAGUAGAAAUUAGUGCGCAAGAAGCAGUUUAUAUUGUUCUUCAACUUCCAAUGCGAAAGUCUUCUCGAAAUGUGGUGUUCAUUAACACAUCACCCCCUGCUGAACGAGUUGAAUUACUUAAGCCAUUAAGUGAAAUAGAAAAGAUGUCAGAUGAAUCUGAAGAAAUUCAUUCAGGUGGUCUCUUGAAACGAUAUGUUGAACGACCUGACUGUUUGAAAAAUAUUACCUUUGCUGAUUGGACUGCAUGGUAUGACUCGUGUGGUAAACAAAAUAAUAAAAAAGCACACAAAAAGGCUGAUAUUGACAACCUUCCAUUGGAAACUGAGGACGGAAAUAAUGAUGAUGAAUUAUUAAAUAGUGAUGAAAAUUCCUUGACAAGUGACCCAUCGAUUAAAUCUAUAAGAAAAAGAACUCAAGCUAGAGUCAUUCGAAGUGUUUGGUUUAAUAAAGAAGCUCAACCAGAAAAACAUUAUCGAGAGUUGAUAAUGCUAUUUACCCCAUGGCGAAAUGAGCAAACUGAUUUAUUCUUCUUUUCUUCUUUUCAAGAACACUAUAUAGCUCGGUAUGAUGAGAUAGGCGAGCAGAUGAGACAAUAUGCAGUCUGUAGUGAAAUUCAACAUUCGAGGAUUGCUCCAAAUGCUUAAUAAAAAACAAAGAGAAUUUUUUUACCAUGCUUUGCAUUUAAUAAAAACAUCUGAUAAACCAUUUUAUGCCUUUUUAAGUGGGGCUGGAGGUGUUGGUAAAUCUCACCUUAUUAAAUCAGUUUACCAAGCAGCAUUAAAAUACUAUAAUGCACAAGCUGGUGAAGAUUUUCGUCGUGUUCAUAUACUAUUACUUGCUCCUACAGGGAAAGCAGCUUAUAUUAUUAAAGGUAACACGAUUCAUAAUGGCUUAGCAGUUCCAGCAAGUCAAUCACUUAAAAAUUACAAACCACUUGAUUCUGGUAGAUUAAACACAUUGAGAUGCAAACUUGGUGCGUUAAAAUUAAUACUACUUGAUGAAAUAUCAAUGGUUGGAAACAGUAUGUUUACAGUUCAGUUGAAUAACCGUUUAAAAGAUUUAAAAGGAAGUAAAGAAGACUUUGGUGGUGUUAGCAUCAUAACACUGGGUGACUUGUUUCAACUUAAACCUGUCAUGGAUGGCUACAUUUUCACUGAUGUUCAGUGUUUAAGCUCUUAUAAUAUUCUUGCUCCAAAUUUAUGGAAAAGAUAUUUCAGAAUGUUUGAGCUUGAUGAAAUUAUGCGACAAAGAGAGAACAAAGAGUUUGCUGAGAUCUUAAAUAGAUUAAGAGAAGAUAAACAUACUUGCAGUGACCUCAACAAACUGAAGGAGAGAUGUGUUGAAGAAUCUAGUUGUCCUAGAGAAGCCCCACGUUUAUUUAUACAAAAUGCUUUGGUUGAUGACUAUAAUGAAAAAGUUUAUGAAUCAUUUAGUGAUGGUAAAUAUGUAAUUAAAGCACAAGAUAGUGUGAUUGGCGCAUGUUCUACUGAGCUUAAAGAGAAAAUAAUGAGGCAAAUACCUUAUGUUUCAUUGAGAAACUCUAAACAGUUGGCUCAUAAACUUAAACUGGCUGUUGGGCAACGAACUGAAAUGGCAGUAAAUGUCCGAACUGAUGAUGGUCUAACAAAUGGUGCUAGUAACAUAAUAAAGUUAAUACAACUAAGAGACGAUACUAAACCAUCUGGUCUUGUUUGGGUACAGUUUGAUUGUGAAGAUGUUGGCAAAAAGACUAGACAGGAAAACAGAACUCUAUGUUUUAGAGGUAUUGAAAGUACGUGGACACCAAUUAAACCUGUUACAACACAAUUUGCGGUGGGAAAAACAAAAUCAGCUCAAGUUGUAAGAAAACAAUUUCCUUUGCGACCAGCAUCAGCCAAAACUGUACAUAGAUCACAAGGUGAUACCCAGUCACAAAUAGUUGUAAACCUAAAUACGAAGAGGGCUAUUCCUCAUAUACAUUAUGUCGCUUUAAGUCGAGUGACAACAAUUGAAGGGUUACAUAUCACUGACCUAUGUGAAGAUAAAAUAUCUAUCGAUCAAAGAGUUGUUGAAGAAAUGGAAACGUUACAAACAGAACGUUCCUUAAAACUUUGUUUUACACCAUUGUAUAUGUUGGAUAAUUCUGAUUUAAAGGUCUGUUACCUCAAUGCACGAUCUCUACAUAAACACAUUGAAGAUGUUCGGAAAGACGUCAAUUACUCCUCUACUGACAUUGUAAUAUUUACUGAGACAAGGUUUACUCCAUUGGACCCUAAUGAAAUGUACAAUAUUAAUGGUUACAGACUAUUUAGAAAUGAUAGUUCUCAAUUUUCUGGUUCUGGCCGACCAUAUGGUGGAACAGCUGUUUACAGUCGAAUCCCUUUAAAAGAAGGAUAUCCCCAUGCUCACAACAUAAGUGGAAUUGAAUUUACAAUCAUUAAAACCGAAAAUCGCCCAAACCUGACCAUAAUUGGGUUGUAUCGUUCUCCCAGUAUUGCGUUAUCACGCCUACUUUCUGCUCUUCGUACUAUUCUUGAUGAAGAUUCCUCAUCACAAAACAUAAUUAUUGGAGGCUUUAAUGUAAACUGGAUGGUGGAAUCCGACAGACAAUCACUCUAUAAUUUAAUGGUCAUAGAAAAUAACUACAGCCAAUUAAUAACAGACUUUACAACUGAUAAUAAAACAUUGAUUGAUCAUGUAUACACAAAUCUAGUUGAAGAGCAAGUUCAUGCUGGAAUUCUAGAGACGUACUUUAGUGAUCAUAAAGCUAUAUGGGCUUCUUUAAAGACAUAG